CUGCACAGCCACAGAAGGGAGGGGGAGAAAAGGGCCCAGGAGCCGCCGAGCGUCGCCGCCUUUUCCCGGGCUUCGCGAAAAGAAAGCGGGCGACGCCACCACCACCACCACCGCCGCCGCCUUCCCUUCCGAGCAGCCCGCCGCCACUUUCCUCCCUCCGUAGCGUGCGCAUUUUCUUCCUGCGGCGCGCCCCGAGCUCACUUAAAACUCAGAUCUGGUUUGGAUGCCUUUUAUAUUAAUUUGAGCUGCCUAUGUAAAGAAUAGACUCCGGGAGACAUGCUGAAAAUCACUUGGCUUCCUCUUUCCAUGGAAAACUGAAUGGAAUGUGGUGUUAGAACUGUGAAAAGAGGCCCGUAGAAUUUAGCUGCAGUGAUGAGUUCUGAAGAGAAAGGUAUUUCUCCUGCUCACAGAACCUCCACACCAUCACAUAAAGCUGACUCCUCUUCAUCAUAUUCCCAAUGGGACACUAGGCAGAGUGGCCAUGUGUUAGAGCGAAAUGCUUCUGUUGGAAGCGCAGACUUGAUUAUUGGGAAACAGUUGGUAGAGAAUGAGCCAAUCGCUAUAUCUAAAGAGCCAGACAGCUGGGAAAUUAUAGAAGGCUUGAAAAUUGGCCAGACUAAUGUCCAGAAACCAGACAAACAUGAAGGAUUCAUGCUGAAGAAAAGGAAAUGGCCUUUAAAAGGAUGGCACAAGCGCUUUUUUGUUCUGGACAAUGGAAUGUUGAAAUAUUCAAAGUCACCAAUUGAUACUCAGAAAGGGAAGGUUCAUGGCAGCAUAGAUGUGGGAUUAUCAGUUAUGUCAAUUAAAAAGAAAGCACGUAGGAUAGAUCUUGAUACCGAGGAGCAUAUCUAUCAUUUAAAAGUAAAAUCCCAGGAUUCAUUUGAUGCUUGGGUGUCCAAGUUGCGCCAUCAUAGAUUAUAUCGUCAGAAUGAGAUUGUGCGAUCACCACGGGAUGCCAGUUUCCAUAUAUUCCCUUCAACUUCCACCACUGAAUCUUCACCAGCUACUAAUGCCACAGUCCUGGAAACUAAGGUUUCACAGAAUAAUUUCCCCUGGCAACCGACUAUCCCUUGCAGUAGCAGUCUACCUGAAACAUGUACUACUGGCCAAAGUAAAGUAGUCGCUUGGUUGCAAGAAUCGGAGGAGAUGGACAAGUGUGCAGAAGAUCUUGCACAUUGUCAAUCAAAUCUUGUAAAACUCAGUAAAAUUCUUCAGAACUUAGAAAUACUUCAGAGAACUCAGUCAGCACCUAGUUUCACAGAUAUGCAGGCUAACAGUGUAGAUAAGAAAGACAAGCGUGUCACCAGAAGAUGGAGAACAAAAAGUGUGAGCAAAGAUGCUAAAAUACAGCUUCAGGUUCCUUUUAGUACUACAAUGUCUCCUGUUCGACUGCAUUCAUCUAAUCCUAACCUUUGUGCAGACAUCGAAUUUCAGACCCCACCCACUCAUGUAUCGGAUCCUUUGGAAAGCUCCACAGACUACAUAAAACUCCAGGAAGAGUUUUGCCUCAUGGCUCAGAAAGUACAUUCUCUUUUGAAGUCUGCGUUUAACAGUAUAGCAAUAGAAAAGGAAAAGCUGAAACAGAUGGUAACAGAACAUGAUUUUGCAGGACACAACACACAGAUGCUACGUCUCCGACAAUCACUUUCUCAGGCUCUCAACCAGAAUGCUGAACUAUGGAGUCGUUUGAACAGAAUACACUCAGAGUCUGUUCUUUGUGAUCAGGUUGUCAGUGUAAAUAUUAUCCCUAGUCCUGAUGAGACAGGUGAACAGAUCCAUGUCAGUCUCCCACUUUCCCAACAAGUUUCUAAUGAGAGCAGGCUCUCCAUGUCUGAAUCCAUCUCUGAAUUUUUUGAUGCCCAAGAAGUGCUUCUAUCUGCAAGCUCAUCAGAAAACGAGGCUUCUGAUGAUGAAUCUUACAUAAGUGAUGUGAGCGACAACAUAUCUGAGGACAACACUAGUGUUGGAGACAAUAUUUCUCGGCAAAUAAUGAAUGAUGAGCUAACAGGAGGUGCUUUCAGAAAUGGACGAAGGACAUGUCUUCCAACACCCUCCCCUGAUACUAGUAAUAUUAAUCUGUGGAACAUUUUGAGAAAUAAUAUUGGGAAGGACCUUUCCAAAGUAUCAAUGCCUGUUGAGCUCAAUGAGCCUUUGAAUACUUUGCAACACCUUUGCGAGGAACUGGAAUAUAGUGAACUUUUGGACAAAGCCGCUGAAACCGAUGAUCCCUAUGAACGUAUGGUCCUUAUUGCUGCCUUUGCAACUUCAGGAUAUGCUUCCACUUAUUACAGAGCAGGAAGCAAGCCUUUUAACCCUCUACUUGGUGAGACUUACGAGUGUAUCAGGGAAGACAAGGGAUUUCGAUUUUUCUCAGAGCAGGUUAGCCAUCACCCACCCAUUUCUGCCUGUCACUGUGAAUCAAAGAAUUUUGUGUUUUGGCAAGAUAUUAGAUGGAAAAACAAAUUCUGGGGGAAAUCGAUGGAAAUAUUGCCAAUUGGAACUCUAAAUGUGAUACUUCCUAAAUACGGUGAUUGCUAUGUUUGGAACAAAGUCACUACUUGCAUACACAACAUCCUGAGUGGAAGGAGAUGGAUAGAGCAUUAUGGAGAAGUAACCAUUAGAAAUACAAAAAGCAGUGUCUGUAUUUGUAAGGUCACAUUUAUCAAGGUGAAUUACUGGAAUUCUAAUGUCAAUGAAGUUCAAGGUGUUGUCAUGGAUCAAGAAGGAAAAGUGGUGCAUCGCCUUUUUGGAAAAUGGCAUGAAGGAUUAUAUUGUGGAAUUGCACCUUCAGCAAAAUGUAUAUGGAGGCCCGGUUCCAUGCCAACAAAUUAUGAGCAUUACUAUGGUUUCACAAGGUUUGCUGUUGAGCUGAAUGAGUUAGAUCCUGCAUUGAAGGACCUUCUUCCAAAAACAGAUGCUCGAUUCAGGCCAGAUCAAAGGCAUUUGGAAGAUGGACAUUUAGAAGCAGCAGCAGCAGAAAAACAAAGAAUUGAAGAACUCCAGAGAUGCCGGAGACGUUAUUUAGAGGAAAACAAUAUGGAACAUAUACCUAAAUUUUUUAAAAAAGUUAUUGAAGGCAAUCAGAGAGAAGCAUGGGUUUCUAAUGACACCUAUUGGGAACUCCGAAAGGAUCCUGGCUUUAGUAAAGUAGAAACACUCGAACUCUGAUUGAAAAAUGGAGCUCUUCUCUAACCUGACCUUCUCUUUCAAACAAGCUUCAGGAAAAUCUCAAGAACAUCUAAUUUAUGUGAUAUGCUUCCAAUUUAAAAUACUCCUUAUUCAUUGGAAGUUUCUUCAUCAAACUAUGUCACAAUCAAGUGCCCAUUCUGACUUAUCUUAUACGCUUUGCUUUUUGCAAGCCUUCUUUCCUCUCAAUCUCCCCUCUUGGCCAUCCCAAUCAGUGAUUCCUCUGAAAGUAUCCAUGUUAUAAUGUCAAAUUUGGGAAAUUCUGUAGAUUGGGAACAGAUAAGAACGAGGCUUUUUAGAGUCCAGAAGCAAACCAAGAGGCCAGUUGUAUAACAGGAAUCGGUCCCCUCCCUAUCUCUGCUAUGCACUGCUGAGUCUUAGCAUGCAGUCUCAGCAUUGGCUGAAUGUAGACUUGGGCACAUUGGCUCAAAACAUACUUGAAUAAUUAUCACAGAACUAUCAUUAUUAACUAUUGUUACUUCUCUGCUUUUCUCUCUUUAGAAAUAAGAGUUCCAAAAUGGGAGUUCAGUAGGGGGGGAAAGUCAGGAUUUGGACAGACACUUACGUGAAGUCCUUGAUCAAAUCAAAUGAAGUUUUGCAGGCUUCCCAAGUAUUUCACAGCUCAUAAAUAAUGAUUGUGGUUGCCCAAAAGAACUUUGGUUCUGGGCUAAUGCUACAUAUAAUUAGAGUGAACAAUAACCACAUUCUAUCUACCAAGUCGACCCUAUUAGAUUUCAGUAAAAUUUCCUCUCAGCCAUCCCUGUGUUUCUGAGAAUGGAAUGGUGCCAAUUUUGCAACCGGGAAUUCUGUAAUAUGUAAUAAUUUUAAUGCAAUGUAUUAUGAGUGUUUUCCUAUUUAUUUCAACAGAACGUGACUUGUGUCCAUGCCCAGGAUUGUUAAGUUUUCAUCCAAAUUAACAAAAAAAAUUGCUCCCCUAUAAAAUAAUAUAUAUUGUAAAGUUCUUUUUGUGACUUACCUUAUCUGUCAGGAUUUUUAAAAGACAAUAUUGAGCUACAUAUAUUUUUUGAAAUUAUAUGAAUUCAAAUAAGAAGCAGUAUUCUGAAACAAUUUAUCAAUUGCUUUUCUUCCCUUAAAGAUAAAAAGCCUAAUCCAGUAGAUUAUCAGUCUCCCUUAAAUUGUCUCUAGCUAGAACCAUCCAAGCUGCAUAAUGUUGGUGCAAGAGAAGAAUAUUCUGGUCUAGCACAUCUAGAGUGAAAUAGGACAACCCCGCCAUAGCCAACUUGUAGCCAAUUUGCCGCGGGACAACUCAUCACGGCCAACUCGCCACAGGACAGCUCACUGUGGGACAGUUUAGCUAUUCAAUUAUUUGAAAUAAAUAAAAAAGUUAUUUUUUGUCAUUGACAUUUCAUUCUGUGCCUCCUUUUUCAUUCUUUAAUGAUUCCAUUCCACCAUUUCUUUGGUAUUAGUGUAACUCUCCUCCUGCAAUGAGUUAGCUGUGAUGAGUUAUUCUACAGCAAGUUGGCCAUGGCGAAUUGUAACAAGACUCCAGUUGGAACCAGCAGCAGUAAAUCUCAAUUAGAAAUGUUGCAAACCUUGAAAGCAGUGGAAUUAGAUCUUAAUUACACCACCCUAGUGUCAUAAAACCAUGGCUUUGCUCUGUUGUCUUGUGUAGCCUAAUUUAAAGUGAUUGACAUUAGGAAGAAUGCUUAGGGACUGAAGUAUCAACAACCCCACUAUUCAUUUUCUGAAGUAUUUCCUAAGACAAAAUAUACUUUUUGCCACUUCCUUCUUUGACUCACCAUGAUAUACUAUCAACUAAUCAGAAGUGUGCCUCUUCAGAUGUCAUGCAGAGGAAUGUACCAUUUGUAAGAAAACUGGCCUCCAUAAACACACAGCACUUUUAAGGCACUUUGAUGUUUCGGAAAUAUUUUUUUUAAGUGUUGCAAUUUGACUGCAAUCUUACAUUGUAAAGAUCGCAGUGAUUCCAAACUUCUGCCAUGAACCCUGAGUGAACAGAGAUUUGAAUCUUAUUUUGAGCAACCCAAACUCAAUAUUGUCUUUAUCCCACUACCCAAUGUUAAAGCUAAAUAUGAAGAUUGAACAUUGUGAUACUUGCACAGGAUCAUUUUGCAAAACUCUGUGGUCUUUAUCCUCAGCCUUGAAUAUGAAAACUCAUGUAUACCUUUAUAAAAAAUGCCAUUGAAUAAAAAGACCAUUGUUUCUAAUA